AUGAGUGGCUAUGGAUCUGCAGCUUCCACCAUCAAGGCAUCGUCUCACCUCUCGUCGCCUGCACCAUCACCCACACCAAACCCACACAUCCAGCUACAGCCCGCGACCAGUUGGUCGACAGGACCGCCGGUCAUCGAUUUGCCUAUUAUUGACGACGUGGAUGAGGGAUAUGAUGAUGGAGGAACUCUUUGGAUCACACCACCUCAGCCUCUUCCUCCAAACGCGGCAAACCGAAGACCGCUGGUGCCGCCCAUCCAGACAGAACAGAUCAACGGCCAGCCGAACGGGCGACCAAGCCCAUCCCACGGUAUCUCUCCUCUCGGAAGUGCCGGUCAGCCAUCCAGCGACAAGGGCUAUGGCGAUUGGGAAUUGCGUCCUCAGCCAGAGGAUGUGUACGAUAACCUCGACCAGUUCUUCCCGGGUCAUGAUCUUGACAAACCUGUUCUGGAGACCGCCUCGGCUGGUGGCAAGUCCCCUGUUGAUGACGUCGCACCUCUUGGCCAGACCCCUGCCGCGGGUGCAACCCCGAAGUCCAAGCAUAAGAAAUCAAUUCGAUAUGUAGCUAAUGUUGCGCGGAAGCAGCUGCAUGAUGCGGAGGCCGGUGACGAUCAGAAGACUAUCAUGAAGCGCAAGAGGACGACAAAGCUCUGGAACAGCAAGAUCGAGGAAGUCGCUCCUGGUCAGGGGCUCCAAACGCCUUCUGAGCCAGAGUCGCCUGCCGUACCUGGUCAGCGGCCGACUGUGCGGUAUACAAAGGGUCAGCUGAUUGGCAAGGGUACAUAUGGGCGUGUGUACAUGGGCAUGAACUUGGCAACUGGUGAAAUGCUUGCGAUCAAGCAGGUCGAGCUGCCGAAGACUGCCUCGGAUCGCGCAGAUAACAGGCAGCAACUCGUGGUGGACGCUAUCAAAUCCGAGAGCAAUACGCUGAAGGACUUGGAUCACCCGAAUAUCGUGCAAUAUCUGGGCUGCGAGGAAACCGAGGAUUUCUUCAAUAUCUUCUUGGAGUAUGUUCCUGGAGGCAGUGUGGGCCACACCCUGCGGCGAUACGGUCGAUUCCGGGAAGAUGUCAUCAAGAACAUAACCAGCCAGAUCCUUGAGGGGCUUGCCUAUCUCCACGCAAUGGGAAUCACUCAUCGAGACCUGAAGGCAGACAACAUCCUGAUCGACCAUGAGGGCAACUGUAAGAUCUCCGACUUUGGGACAUCCAAGCGUGCCCAGGACGCCUAUGCCAACCAAGCGGGAGCAACACUGAUGACUGGUUCGAUUCCUUGGAUGGCACCUGAAAUGUUCAUGAGCCAAGGCGAAGGGUAUGGUGCCAAAGUCGACAUUUGGUCCAUUGGCUGCGUUUUCCUCGAAAUGUGGGCUGGCGAGCGCCCGUGGAGCCAGGACGAGCUCUAUCAGGUCAUGUACAAGGUCAUGACGACCAAGUCGGCGCCGCCUGUACCCGAGAACACCCAUCUGACCCCUGGAGCUGAGGAAUUCCGUUUGAAGUGCUGCGCUAUUAAUCCCGAAGACCGACCCACCGCCGCCGAGCUGCGAAAGGAACCGUACCUCAUCCUGCCCAAAGACUGGAAGUUCCCAACGCCUUUCUCCACAAUAUCUGCUGUCGAUUAG